AUGAAGCGGUACUCUAACCGCAAGUACGAGGCUAAAAAAUUAUUUAAGAGCAAGGGAGGUUACAAUGAUCUUGAGAGUGCACGGGCAUUCCAUCCCAAGGAUAUGCCCUAUGAUAACUGGUUGAGAACCAUUGAAGGUUUCCGGGAAGCUAAAUAUAUUAAAAGAAGCGAGGCCAACACACUAGUACGCGAGAAACAACAAUUCCCAUACCGUGGGGGGACAUCUUCGUACGGUAGCACCGCCUAUAAAAAUGAUAUGGAUUGGGUACCUACGUAUGCUAAAACCCACACGGACAAUCAAGGGAAUUGGGUUGAUCCGGUUGCUGAACAAAAUUACCGGAACAUACAACAGGCCACAAGUCAAUGGAGCGGUGAGGGUCCGCCAAUUGCCCCGUAUCAGGAAGCGUUGGGUGAGCGGCGAGGAUGGUACCGCGGGAUGGGGCCUAAACCUUCUUCCAACACGUCCUCGCACUCGUCAUCUAACAUGUCGUCUUCGCAAGCUCGGACGCAAGAACCCUUUUCCGAGGAUUUUGUUAACAGCUUGUUCCAAACCCCGUCAUUUUUGAACCAACUUAACAACUAUCUUGCUUCACAAGGAAAAGGAAAAGGAAAGUCAAAAGGCUACGAUUCUGACAACUUAUUCGAUAAUGAAUCCGACGAUGAACCCAACGAUAACGAUGACGAUGAGUGACUUGUUUUUAAUGUAUGCUUUGGAUUUAAUUAAACGUUGUAGGAUAUAAUGUACGACUUAAACGUAGUUUUUAAUUAUAUUACCUUUAGUAUAUGUUGAUUAUGUUCA